CUUGAUUGGUAUCGUCGGCAUUUUGGGAUUGUUGGAUUUAAUUUGUUGGAUCGAGAUUAUAAUCACUGGAAGUGUGUCGAGAAAAAAAAGCAGGCAAAAAAAAUUGUUUCCCAGAAAUAAAGUGUAGAUUUUACAUUUCUCCCUUUUUUUGUUUGACAGCCUUGUUUGAAUCGACCUCUACUCUAAUUUCAAUACUUGUAUAAUCCCAAAAAGCGCUUGCAAUGUCAGAAGCUGCAGCGAUAAACACGGCUGAUACAGCCGUUAUAGAUACCACAGCGUUCCUUGUGCCCGAACAGCAGGAGCAGCAGGAGCAGGAGCAGAGCUCUCAGGCUGGUGAUAUCACACAAGAGACAGCGCCGGCCGAGUCUGCCACCGUCGACACCACGCAAAAGAAAAAGAAGAAGAAGAAGAAGAAGAGCAAGUUCAUUGGAGUGGACCAAAACGACGGCAAGCCUGUAGUCACCCUGGUCGUCGACACCAACCCCUUUGUCAAGGGCCUGCCGCUAGAUCACAUUGCAACCAAGUUUGUCACCGCCCCGGAUGUUGUCCGAGAGCUCCGCAGCAGGGCUUCCAAGGACCGGUUUGAGGCGCUUGAGCUGAAGUUUGGCGUUGAUAUUCUGACUCCCGAUGCCGAGAGCAUGCAGGCCGUCUGCGACUUUGCCAAGAAGACCGGAGACUUUUCCACUUUGGCUCUGGCUGAUCUCAGGGUUAUCGCCUUGGCAUUCAUGCUGGAGAAGAAGGCCAACGGCAUGCGCCACUUGAGGCUGGAGCCCGUUGGCGACCAGCCAAACAUUUCGGAUCGCAAGAUGCUGGAGUCAGCUGAGAUUGCUGGUAGCAACGAACCCGGCCACGAUGACGAGAUUGUUGCGGGCGAGCAGGCUGGCGAGCCACAUGUCGAGCAGCCUAUGAAGCUUGCCGAGGCUGAGAUUCAGCAGAGCAUGGAGCAGCUGAAUAUUGAUGCUGCGACUACUGCAGAUAUCGCUGAGACCAACGAGCAGACAGAAACCCCUGAGAUCUUCGAGAGCAUCGAUGCCAUUGAGCCCACUCAGCAGACAGAGACCGCCGGGGAAGGCGCUGUCGCCGCCGAUGCUGGUUCCGAAGUGCUCCAGAGCGUUGCCAACGACGAGUUUGAUGUUGGCUCAGACGAGGAGUCUGAUGAGGAUGGGUUUGACGACAACUUUGGCGCCAGCGACAACAACCAGGACAGCAACAACGGCGCCGAUACGGACGAUGGCUGGCAGGUUGCCGGCCCAAAGAGCAAAAAGCGCGUCGAGCACGUUGACGAGUUUUUCAACGGCGGCUGGAUUACACCCAAGAACGUCAAGCAGCAUCUGGCGUCCACCGCCAUGGGCAUGAAGGAGACGCACGUGGAACAGCCCAAGCGCGUUAUCAAGGUGGCCUGUGUGACGUCCGAUUUUGCCAUGCAGAACGUCAUGCUCAAGAUGGGCAUCCACCUGGUCACCCCCGACGGAGUGUCAGUCAGCCGCUUGCGCACCUGGGUGCUGCGCUGCCACGCAUGCUUCCACCUCACUGGCGACAUGAACAAGCAGUUUUGCACGUCGUGCGGCCACGCGACGCUUAAGCGUUGCUCCGUCACCACCGGCGCGAACGGCCGCCUGCAGGUACACCUCAAGUCCAACUACCAGUACAACCUGCGCGGUACCAUCUACUCUAUGCCUAAGGCCCGUGGUGGCCAGCACACCCAGCGUGACAUUAUCACCCGUAGUGACGAUCGCGCGUAUGUGCGGGCGAUGACUUACAAGGAGCGCAUGGAAUUGAAGUCGAACGCCGGUCUGGGCGGCUCCAAUUCGCUGACGGAUCCGGAUUUCAUCCCGGGUCUUCUUUUGGGAAAUGCCCUGGUUGGCCACAAGGGCUUUGGCGUCCAUACUGAUGCCCGCGGCAUGCCCAUGGUCUGCCGCAACCGCAGGAACCCAAACACUGUCAAGAGAACAGGAAACCGCAAAAACAAGAGACGCGAUGACUAGGCUGGAUCUGCUUUACUUCAGUCAGUUAUUUCGAAUCCAAAAAAUAUUAUUUUAUUUUACUCUAUCGCCAAAUCUUUGAAACAUACACUGUGCGUCUGUUUUUUUCUUCUCAUCAACAAAUUGCAGCAGAAUGCGAAAGUGCGUUUGUAUCAUGCUCGCAAGCGCUUUGUCAUUUCUAAGCGUGAUUUCAGGUUCCUUGAAGCGCAUAAUCCAUUACAGAAUCCGGAAACACGCUCCA